UUUUAUUUAUGUUUUAAUUUUAUAAUAUAAUUAUAAUAUAUUGUUGUAGACUAGUUUGUUUUUAAUCUAUUCCUUUUUUAAAAUUAAUUUGUCAUAACAUCGUAAUCUAUACACUUCUGUUUUAAUUUCAUCAUUACAUGACCUAUAAUUUCAUUGCUUCUAAAAUUAUUGUUUCUUCUUUAAUCUGUUAAUAUGUAUUUUGUUGUAGAGCAAUGGAAAUUGAUUAAUCUAAAACCUUGUCAGCUUGGGCCUAAUUACCAGCAAAACAUUGAGGAAAUGCUUAGGGACCAGGUAGAAGGUCACUGUACUAACAAAUAUGGCUACGUGGUUUGUGUUAUUCGUAUAGUUCAAAAUGAUAUGGGACGAGUUCAGGAUGGUACAGCUAUGAUUGUGGUUAACGUCAAAUACCAGGCCAUUGUUUUCAAACCAUUCAAAGAUGAGGUGUUGGAUGCUAUUGUAACUGAUGUUAAUAAGCUUGGAUUUUUUGCUCAGGCAGGGCCUUUAAAGGCCUUUGUAUCUAGAAAUUCCAUACACCCUAACUUCGUAUACGAUAGUGACUCGGCAUAUCCCUGUUAUUCUGAUGGAACCAUAAGCAUAAAACCUCAAUCUGAGGUAAGAAUGAGGCUCCAGGGUAUAAAAUACGAUAACUCAAACCUUUUUGCCAUCGCAACUAUAAACGCAGAUCACCUAGGCGCUUUUGAAAGCGAUAUCGCCAACUAGUUUAACACUUCCAAAACACACUAUCAAAGUAUUUUAAAUGUUUUAGUUUUUAAUAUAAAA